UCUAUUCAUUUUACCCUUCACCUUUACUAAUGGACCCAAUCCUUUACCUGAAAAACACCCCCACACCAUUAGUCCUCCAUCUUCAAAUUUUACAGUUAGAAUCAUGUUUGCAAUAUUAAACCUAGUGCCAGGAGUUCUCCAGACGUGGCCUGAUCCAUCAUUAGCAAAUAUUACAAAUGUUAUUAUUAUAAGUAACGACGUCGUAACUGAAAUUGUGGAAAGAGUAGUAACACGUGGACUUGAAGAAGAGUACGCUGUUACUCUGUUUUCAAUAUAUUCUAACAGCUUCCUUACGAAUUACAAAAAAAUAAAAAAUACUAUACAACAAGUGACAACCAUGGAUAAUAAUAACAACGGUCCAGUUCAAGCGUACGCAAAAUUAGAAGGUGAAAGCUUUUGCUACUAUAUUAGAACGCUUCAAGUUAUGCUUGGACGUAAGGCCAGUUCUUCAGAUCAAGUAGACAUUCACCUCGGCCCGACAAAAGCUAUUUCGAGACAGCAUGCACGUUUAUUUUAUAAUUUUACAACGCAGCGUUUCGAAAUGGCCGUGUUUGGUAAAAAUGGAGCGUUUGUUAAUGAGCAGUUUGUCGAGAAAGGGUCGACUGUUCCGCUUGAAAACAGACCAAUACAACCUGUACCGCUUCCAUCGCUACCGCCACUAUCAUCUACAAAUCCAAUAAGACCCAUGGGAGAAUCGUUUGACGCAUCGGUAGACUAUCAAUCACGAGAGACAAAGCCACCGUUUUCUUAUGCAUCUUUGAUAGCUCAGGCGAUCAAUUCAUCCCCUGCCAAAAAGCUGACAUUGAAUGGCAUAUAUAAUUAUAUUACGACGCAUUAUCCCUUUUAUCAGUUGGCUCAAAACGGAUGGCAGGAUGAUGGUGAUGUUAAUAACAAUAGAAUGUUUGAUGGGGGCGCGAAUGGAAAUGGAAGUACACCCUUUUCUUUUCAGAUCCCAAUUGUUAAUCAUAUUCAUUCGAAUCACCAACUUAACGGCACAAUGUUAAAUUCAACGAAUACAUUAAUAAAUAAUGGGAUGAAUGGAUUGAAUUCAAAUCAUCAUCAGAAUGGUUCCAAUUUAUUUCCUGUUCAGUCGUUGUCAUCUUCACCUGGAUUACAAUUUAAUAAUGUGAUGAUUCCGGUAAAUGUAAAUGCUAACGCGGGGAUGAUUAGUUCGCUUUCUCUUACCAAUACAGGCAUCGACAAUAGUAGUGGGGAUAAUAUUGAUAGUAAGGGAACAACAUUAUUAUCUGCAAUUCAAUUAGUUCAAACUAAUCUCAAUCAAAUAACUUCUCCAACUCCUGUUUUAGUUACACAAUCAGCAAAUAACACAAAUCCAUCCGAAGAGACACAACUCUCAUCCUCAUCCAAUUCCGCUAACAAUAAUGUUGAUCGGUCUCUAACCGAUACAAAAACAAUAACAAUUUCUCCCCUUCCUAUAGUAAAAGAGGAAGAGAAACACUACGAUAAGCAACAAGAACAAAAACAACUAUCGGAAGCACCAAAAUCUCCUUCAACGGAUAUACCAAUAAAAGUCGAACCAAGUGAAGUCAACUAG